UCGUCGUGGCAGUUUCAUCUGCGAACAAAUUCGCACAAGCGAAACGCGACCGAGGCAAUUGAUGCCAACCUGAAAAGAGUGAAAGGUUGUUUUGGUAACCGGAUCGAAACCCUGGUAUACGAAAACAUGGACGAGGCUCUUUUGAAUGCUACAGAGUUUUUAAAGAGGAUGGAGGCUCCUUUGAUGGAAUACCUUCGUAAUGCGUUAGAGCAGCGCAUGGCAUUCAAAUUUAAUAUUGAACUUUUCGCGGAGUUUAUAAAAAUAAUGGAUGAGGACAGUGAAAGUGUUGUGAGCAUCAAGUCUUUCAAUACCAAAAUGCAUGCAAUAUUAAGUGCUAAUGAGAUAGAGCCCGCGUUUAACAAUAUGACGGCUCAAAUAGUGGAAAAAAUGGAAGGGUUUCAGGAGAAGGACAGUGGAUGGGCUUUAUUGAGGUUAACGCAUUGCGAAUUAAACCUAAAUGAGUUCAAACCACUGCGGGGAACGAAUUUUAUUCCAUCCCCAAAGUAUAUAGCCCAAAAACGUGCAUGUGUGAAUGUAAGAAAUAAAGAUAUUUAUUGCUUCAAGUGGAGCAUCAUUUCUGCCCUAUACCCCGUGAACACUCACUUGGAAAAAACAUCAUCAUAUGAAAUCGAUGAUAUCACAGAUAGUGUAAUAGUGCUAAAAAAUGGACGAAUUAUAAACUUUUGGGGGCUUGAUUUCCCCCUUAAAGUGAAAGACAUUAGUGUGUUCGAGGAGCUGAAUCCCUCAAUCAGCAUCAAUUUAUUCGGGUAUGAUUCAGAAAUGAAAAAGAUUGUGGGUCCCUAUCACCUGUCGAAGGAGGAAAAGGUGCACCACAUCAACUUGCUGCUGCUGCAAUUUGGAGAAAAAAACCACUACAUUUGGAUUAAAGAUAUGUCAAGAUUAAUACGAGAGCAACAAACAUCGCACUGCUCAAAAAUAUUUAUAUGUAACAAAUGUCUUCAGCAUUUCUAUUCAACUGAAAAGCUGAAGAGUCAUGAAAACGAUUGCAGCAAAAUUGUCACGAAAAUGGUGUCCCCGGAGAAAUCAACGUUGGAGUAUAGACAUUUCGAGAGGCAAAUAGAUGUGCCUUUUGUAGUCUAUGCAGAUUUCGAAUGUCUACUUCAAGAUAUUCAAAGUUGUCAGCCGGAUCCAGCAUCAGCGUCAACAACAACAACUCUUCAAGAGCAUAUACCGUGUGCUUUUGCUUACUAUAUUAAGUGUUGUUACAAUUCUAAUUUAGAUAGGUUUAGAAUAUACAAGGGACCAGAUUCUCCUAAAAAAUUUAUUAAUUCGUUAGUAUCUGAUUUAAAAUGGCUCUAUAUAAAUCAUAUUCAGAAACCCAAAUCGUCAAAUACUUUGACUUUAGAUGAGGAAAAAACGCAAAGAGAAGCAACUCUAUGUUGCAUUUGGUAUGAUUGUCAUUUGUUUGUCAAGGAGCUGGCAAGCAUUGAUGGAGAUAUUUCAAUAAUACCCAUUAAUAAGGAACUAUUCAUGCAUAGCAGUCUUGAUGCACUCGUAAACAAUCUGGCUCAUAAAGAUUUGAAAACUGUUUCAGGGGUAUAUGGAGAUGGCGAAAAAUUCAGUCUUCUUACGCGAAAAGGUGUGUUUCCUUAUGAAUAUAUAAACUCUUGGGAUCGACUUAAUGAAACUUCUCUACCAUCUCGAGAGAAAUUUUUCAAUAAGAUGUCAAACACUGAGUGCAAAGAAGCAGAUUAUCAACAUGCGCUCAAUGUUUGGAAGCAAUUCAAUUGUGGUGUUAUGUGGGACUAUUUGGAGUUGUAUCUGAAAACAGAUGUUUUGCUUCUAACAGAUGUUUUUGAAAACUUUCGAAAUGUUUGUAAAAAUAUAUAUGGACUUGAUCCUUGUCAAUAUUAUACGACUCCUGGCUUAUCAUGGGAUGCCAUGCUUAAAAUUACAUCCAUAAAACUGGAGCUUCUUACAGAUAUCGAAAUGCAUCACUUUGUGAAAAGAGGAAUUAGGGGGGGUAUUACGCAAUGUUCGCAUCGCCAUUCAACUGCAAAUAAUAAAUAUAUGAAAAAUUAUAAAGAAGAGGAUCCUUCCAAAUAUUUAAUCCGCUUCCCUAUGCUGAAUAUAGUUGAUUUUGAUGUUUUGAAUAUUGCAGCAGAUUCGGAUAUUGGAUACAUAUUGGAAGUUGAUUUGGAGUAUCCAAUAUCAAAACAUGAUGAGCACAAUGAUUUGCCAUUAUGUCCAGAAAAUAAAAUCCCGCAUAAUUCGAAAACUAACAAACUGAUUGUGGAUUUAACAGACAAGCAAAAAUAUGUUAUCCACUAUCGGAAUCUGCAGCAAUGCAUUCAAAAUGGUUUGAAACUGACUCGCAUCUACAGGAUUUUACAGUUUAAACAAUCCAGUUGGUUGAAGGAAUAUAUCGAUUUAAAUACCCAUUACAGGAAAAUGAGUAAAAAUCCUUUCGAGAAAAAUUUUUUCAAACUUUUGAAUAAUGCAGUUUAUGGCAAAACCAUGGAAAACGUUGACAAAAGAAAGGACGUAAAAAUUGUUACCGAUUGGGAGAGUCGAGGCAGACAUUCAGGCGCUCGAGUGCUUAUUUCAAAACCCAAUUUUCACAGCGCAGCUGUAUUUACACCAAACAUGGCAGCUAUCCAAAUGGAUAGAGUAUUUACUUGUUACGACAAACCAAUUUACUUGGGAUUUACUGUGCUUGAUCUAUCCAAACUGAAAAUGUAUGAUUUUCACUAUCAUUAUAUGAAACCUAAGUAUAAUGAUAAGCUCAUUCUAAAUUACAUGGAUACGGACAGUUUCAUUUACACUAUCGAAACGGAAGAUGUGUACAAAGAUAUUUUGUCUGAUAUUGAUACACAAUUUGAUACAUCAGAAUAUGCUAUCGAUAAUAUAUAUAAUAUUCCUCAAAAAAAUGCUAAAGUCUUGGGUUUGAUGAAAGAUGAAAAUAAUGAAAAUGACGGUUUUGUUAAAAAAGCCAAAGGAGUUAAAAAAAUAAUAAUGGAUGGUUUAAGUUUAGAUGAUUAUCGGGAUUGUCUAUUUAGAAAAAAAAUAUUUAGAGAAUGUAUUAAUAAAAUUGCAUUAAACUAUUUAGAUGAUAAGCGAUUCAUAAGAGAGGACGGGGUUAGGACAUAUGCUUGGGGACAUUUUAAUAUAAGAAUGGAUGUAAACUAG